AUGUGGAGACCGCCAUGGCUGCAAGCAAAGUGGUAUAUGGUGUACAGAACGUGGGUGCUCUUCACGCUGCUCAGCUUCCUCGUCGCUCAGGUACAAGGCCUGUGGUACUUCUGGGGAAACUUGGACAAAAUCACCCUUGACACGUGUCUUCUCAUUACCACAAUACAAUGUCUCAUUAAAUUCCUUGCCUUCGUUUUGAGACAGCAUGAUUUUUUCCGCGUGGUGCAGAAAGUAGAGGCUAUGAGGAAAGAACAACUCAAAAUCGACGACUCAGAAAUAAUCUCUAUCCUUGAUGCAUCGUAUAGAUCGGCGAAAACUAUUACACUGUGCAUGACGUUUCUGGGGGGUACUUCACCUGGCGUCUGGGCCAUUAUUCCCACCAUCAUGCGGAAGUUCGGCAUAUUUCCACCAGAUAGGGAACUACCGGCGACUGCCUGGUACACCAGCAGAGACACUGACAGUCCCAACUACGAGAUACUCAGCACAUUGCAGUACUUCAGCAUGCAGUACGGCUUCUUCACUGGGGUGGCCCCGGACCUGCUGUUUGUUUCCAUUGUAAUUCACGCAGCUGGAUUACUGGAGGUUCUGAACGCUAGAUUGAGACGUGUUGGGGAAAUGUCUCGAAAGCGCAGCGUUAACACUUGCAAACCAGAUAAGCCACCAGAAAAACAUUCAGAUGGCGUUUCCUCUGCAGAAAUAAUGUGGAAAGACCUUUGCAUAUGCAUCAAGUACCAUCAAGACAUCAUAGAGUAA